AUGAAAUUGAUAAAGGUUCUGCUCGCUUUUGUUUUCAUCGCAUUGGCUGUAGCAGCCGAAGAGCUUCCUUUAGCUAAAGCAUGUGAUGAAGAACUUUGCAAAUUGCCAAAUUGUCGUUGCUCCUCUAGCAAUAUUCCAGGCGGACUUCAAGCGAGAGACACUCCACAGUUUGUCCUUCUCACGUUUGACGAUGGCGUUAAUGUGAUCAACAUAGAUACAUACCGAGAAAUCCUCUUUGGACGUAGGAACAAGAACAACUGUCCAGCUGGUGUUACAUUCUUCGUUAACCAUGAGUACACUGACUACCAACGUGUUAACGAGCUUUACAACCAAGGCUUCGAGAUAGCACUUCAUUCCAUCAGCCACCAAACUCCCCAAAGUUACUGGGCUGAAGCGACUUACGAUGACAUGAUGAAGGAAUUCGGUGAUCAGAAACGUCAAAUGUCUCAUUUCGCUAACAUUCCCGAAGAUGCCAUUCAAGGCAUUCGUAUUCCAUUCCUUCAAAUGACUGGAAAUGCAAGUUUCCAAGUAAUGGCUGAAACUGGAUUGAAGUACGACUCAAGCUGGCCAACAACUCGCUUCGUGAGCCCUGGCCUCUGGCCAUACACCCUAGACUACGCUUCUACACAAGACUGCGUUAUUCCUCCUUGCCCAACUGCAUCCAUUCCUGGUAUUUGGGUGCUACCUAUGAUUGCUUGGACAGAUUUAAAUGGCUUCCCGUGCUCUAUGACUGAUGCUUGUGUUUUUGUACCUCCGUUCACUGAUGAAGAAGCGUGGUUUAAGUUCAUCCUCACUAACUUUGAGAGGCAUUACCUCGGCAAUCGGGCACCAUUUGGUUUCUACGUACAUGAAUGGUAUAUUAGAGUCUAUCCCGCAGUCCAGAGGGCUCUCGUCAGGUUCUUGGAUCUGGUCAACAAUCUUAAUGACGCUUUCAUGGUGACCGGAAGUGAUGUUAUUGAGUGGGUGCAAGAUCCUAUUCCUGUCAAUGAAUACGUCCGGAAGGGAUGUAAAAGGCAUGUUCCGGCCGGUUGUCCUGCCGCCAGCUGUGGACCUUUGAGCGCUACACAUAACUUGAUGAGCUACUGGAUGCAGAUUUGCAACACCUGCCCUAGAGUAUAUCCAUGGCUUGGAAAUCCUCUGGGAGAA